CGGUGACGUCACGCAGCCGGAGCGCGUGCGGCUCUGAGCUCGCGACAGCCGGGGGGCAAACAGGGAAGCUUGGAGAAACUCUUCAACCGAAACCCAACACGAAGACACUCACUGUUUUAAAAUAACAGCGAGUUUUAAGCAGUUUAACGCCUCGGAAGCUGCCGAACACCGAGCCGAAGUGUUUGACUAAACCUGGAAGUCGUUUCGGCUUAUAAAGUUGACGGUGUUUGGUUGAACUUGUCUCGAGCUGUUGCGGUGGAUGUUUGCGACUACAAAACAAGGAGGAGGAGGAGGAGGAGGAGGAAUAAUGUUGGUGCUGCUGUCUCUGUUUUGACCCAGCUCCAUUUUCCCCAGACAGACAGUAGAAGGAAAAGUAAAGAUAAAGAAGGAAAGGAGAAAUGGCCGAAGCACGGUCGGAAGAAGAGGAGGAAAGCAUGAUAAGGGACACCCGGGAACAAGUGGUUCGUCGACAGCCAAACAGCUCCGGAGGUCGUCCAGGUAGACGUAAGCCAGAGCAACGUCACAGCCAGGGUCCUCUCUCGUCCAUCAGAGCAGCCAUCAAGAGAACCUCCCCUAGGUCAACAGCUCUCUCCGAGUCGUCCAGAGAUAGAGACAGAGAGCGAGACAGGGACAGAGACAGGAGGCGACCAGAGAUCACCAUCCUGUCAGCGGAGCCUCUGGCCUCCACAUCCUGGUUCCCAGGAGCUUCUGGAGGAUUCCCACCUCCCCCUCCUCCUGCCGCACAGAUCUGGGGACCCACGAUCCCUCCGUCCAUACAGCCUCCUCCUUCCUAUGAGGAGGUGAUCAGGGAGAAGACACAGGAGCAGGUUCUCCUUCCUUCUUCUUCCACCUCCUCAUCCUCAUCGCGUCCAGCUUCUACAAUAACCAUUGCCACCCAGACUGACCCAGGAUCUGCACCCGACCCCCAAGACUCACAGGUGAGAAAACCAGAGAGACCACCACGGCCGCCUCUCCCUUACCCUCCCAAACCGUCUCACGUUGAUGACAUCACCAUCACGGCCAGCCAAUCAGCACUCGCCUCCCCUGACAGCGACAGUGUUGUACCAAACACACACACCGCCGCUCAGACACAGUGCUGCGACCUCCUCACUGAACUUUGUUCACCUUUGACCUCCACCUCUGGUGCUCAAACUGACCAGUGGGAUCAGUCUUUUGCUGACGUGGCAACUCCUCCUACCACUUCCUCUCACGUCCCGUUGGAGCGUCCCAAGCCACGCCCCCGUUCCAGGCUCAAUGUACAGCCAAUCAGCAGCAAGGUCAAAGUUCAGACUUUGGUGAAACUGCGUGAGGACGGUUUGGCCACGCUAGCUGCCCGCACAGGAACUGACACCGCUAACCAGGAAGUGGUUCAGGGGAAGUACCUUCAGGAGCUGCUCGAGGCCUUCAGCGCAGACGACUGGGGCUUCCCUGAUCGUCGCAGCGACAGCAGUGGGCACAGCCAAUCAGAGAGCGAGGAGGGAGACGCGGAAGAGGACGAGGAGGACAUGGCGACUCUGAAAGCGAGGAUACAAGCCUUUGAGCAGCAGCAGCAGGUGGCUGACGGGAGCUGUGGAGACGGUAACAACAGAGACUUUGUUGUCACAAAGAGACCUGAACCUCGGCCACGCCCUCGUCUCCAGGGGCAACCAGCCAAAUCUGUCCCUCCCACUGUUGCCCCGAAACCCAAAAACUUUUCACAUGCCCCAAAACCAUCCGGCAAGGCAUUCUGGGAAGAUGAUGGUUUGACAGCAGGGUCAGCAGACUCAGGUAGCACUGAGGCUUUGAAAACAACUGAAACUCCUUCUACAGACUCAAACCCUAAACCUCAAACUGCUACCAAACCAACGCCUUCUUGUACCCCGAAAUCUGCUCCAGCUUUGGCACCCCAGCCUUGCAAAAACACUGAAAAACCCCCAGUAACGCCAAAACCACAGUCUGCUAUAGAAACCCUCCCGUCUGGUACCCCUUCCCUUGCCCCUGCACCUGUCCCGGCCCCACGGCCCCCUCCACCCAAACACACUCCCUCGGUCAGUGAGACUCCUUCCCCAGCCAACCCCAAGCCUCCACCCAGACCCCCAGUUGCCCCCAGGGCCAGCGUAGGAGCUUCACACCAGGAUAAGAGCACCGCAGCUGGGCACACCACCCCACCACCCCCGAGACCCUCUGUGGAGGUCAGCAGUGGAGCACAGGCAGGAAGUGAUAAGACGCAGGACACUGCAAACCAAACUGUGAAAGUAGGAAGUGGUCGUCCAGGCAUCCCGACCAAACCAGCAGCACUGACCUCACCACGCAGAUCCAGCGCUCCAAAUCUGGACCCCAAACACACCAGAGCCUCACCAAUGCCGCCAGAUCUGAACCCAGUCUCACCCAAACCUACAGCUGCUUCCCCAGCCACAGCCCCCAAACCUUCAGGACCGGCCCCGGUUCCAACCCCGGGCUUCAAACCCCCAACCCCAGCUCCAGCUCCGGCCCUGAGAAAAAGCCCCGUGAUCCAGACCAAACCAGAAACUACCAGCACUGCAAACCCAAACUCCUCAGACCCUCCUCUCCCUCCACGGCCUUCAAGCGUGAAGCUCCUCCCCCUUCGACCUCCACCAAUCAAAUCCAUCCCUGGGCGUCCACCUCCUCCAGCCAUUAACUCAACUUCCUCAGCGAAUCAGUUGACUCCUCCUCCUGCCAAAACUAGUCCCGCCCCCUCAGUUUCUCCAGCCAGCCAGUCUUCGCCUUCACAAACCGCUUCAUCCCCUUCUUCAGUGUCAGCCAAUCAGAUGCAGUCUCAAAGGGCACCAAAAAGAGGACCGCCUCUGCCCCCCCGCCCGAAACCUGGACACCCUCUCUAUAACAGCUACGCGAAACAGGAAGUCCUGAUUGUCCUGGACGACCCGAGCCCCUCAGAGCCUCUAUCAGGUGAAGGGAGGAGUCAAACCGCUGUCACCCCACUCAUCAACCCAUUAGAGUGUCUCCUGGACCUGGACACCCAACCAGAACCUGUUGCAGAUCAGGACAGCCAAUCAAAACUUGCCUUGGAGGGCCUUAGCCUAUCAGACUCCCAGUCCAUUCUGCCUGUGCAGCCUCCUGAGCAGAAAGAACAGCCAGACCCUCCUCCUGUCAGUGGUCCUCGGUGCGUUGCCUUAUUUGAUUACGAGGGAGAGGAGGAUGACGAGCUCACCUUCUCCCAGAGUGACGUCAUCGCCCUCCUAGAGCUCAUUGGGCAAGAGUGGGGGCGGGGCCAGAUCCACGGGCGAAUCGGAAUAUUCCCCCUGAACUUCACUGAGGUGGUGGAGCCGCCCACGCAGCCGGCGUCGUCACCGGGGGAAACGGCAAAACCAACGUCAACAGAUACCGCAGUGACAGAAAGUGCCGUUGAUCCGAAAGCACCAAAGACCUCACAGCACCCAGACUCAGAGGCAAAGGAGUGGGCUGUGGCUGUGUUUGACUUCCCCGGUCAGACUGCAGAGGAUCUGUCCUUCCACAAGGGGGCGCUUAUUCAAGUGACAGAGCAUAUUGAUGCUGAGUGGAGGAGAGGAAGACUGGAGGGGAGGGAGGGGAUUUACCCUGCCGCCUUCACACAGUCCUGCCAGGCUCAGCCAAUCCCAGGCGAGCAGUCAGCGGUUAAAGGAGUGGCUAAGUUUGACUUCACACCAGAGAGCGAGGAUGAGCUCACGCUAAAGGUCGGUGACAUUAUAACGCAGGUGGAGUCUGUGGACGAGCAGUGGAUUUUGGGAGUUGUGGGCGGGAAGCGUGGGAUUGUGCCUAAAAACUACAUUUCACUUCUCUGAUGAGGAAAUCCUAAAAAGGCAAAUAGGAAAAACUAGAAAAUGACUUAAUUUCGGCUUUUGCAGCCACUCUCUGAACUGGCAACCUCCCCCCCCCGCCCACCUGUCAACACUACAGACAGUUUUUCAUGUGCGCUGCUUUUAACAAAAGAGUGCUGCGUACAUGUGGACACGCAUGUGAAUUCUGGUCCAGUGUUUCAAAGUUUUUCCAAAAACUUUUCAGGCAGUUUUUAAUGAAACAAAAGCAGCCUGGUCAGUUUUUAUUGGUAGUUUGGUUACUAAAUUGGAGAAACAGGAACUCUGAGGUGUGAUUGGAUCGUCUCUUAGCCCAAGAAGGGGAGUGACCUUUGACAGCGUAAAACUGAUAUCGCGCCGUUGAUUUUCAUCUCAGCGUCGUCGUGUUGUGAGUCCUUCCUCUGUGCUCCAAUUGACUCUGUGAGUUGCUUCCCACCUGGACUGGAUUUUACUUUUUUCUUUCACUGACUGAUCGGUUCAUUAGUCCUGACCGGCCGGUGGACUCUCCAAAAAUCAAACCCUGAAGCUCAACUGUUUUAGCCCUGCACUAGUGUAAAUCGUUCAAAUCGAUCCGCAUGACAGGAAAUUAUGGAAAAAUAUGAUGUAGGUUGGACAUGUCUGGACAUCUGCUUUAAAGAGUUGCUGUUAGACAACUUUUCCUCCUUUUGUCUCAUUACAGAUGUUUAACCUAGACUGAUAAAAAAUGUCAUUAUGUGUGGAUGUGUUUAGAUACAUUUCCAAAAUCAGGCCAACUUGCAGUAUUUGAGCUGGAAAGCUUCAGCUCAGCAGGUUUAGAGAGGAUGACUAAUUUACUUUAACUAACUCAGUUAAAACAGCAUUUAUCAUAAACACAGUCCACCGUAAAGAACUUUAUUCUCUUCCUGAGCCAGAGGAGAUUAGAAAACUGAAUUAAAACUGAAUAAUGUGGAGCUUUAAGCUGAAUGGCUGCUGGGCCGGAUAAUAGAGAGACAGACAGCAAGGCGAGUGUGAGCUGUAGGCAGGAUGUUGGUUGUCUGCUGCCAUUUGUGUUGUUGUGUAAAGCACAGUUUUCCUAAAUGUUGAUCUGAGGGCCUAAUACUGCCACUUUUGAAACUGGAAAUUAUAGGAAAUUGUCACUUUAGUUCAGAAUGUUUAGUUUUGUGACACUGUAGGUACCUGUAGCUAUUUAUAAGUGGCUAUAAAAGGUCUUGGUUUUUGUUGCACAAGUUUUCGCUGAUAAAUUCUUACAAAAAAGCUUAUUUUUUUUAUGUUUUACACUCCCUAAGCUUUGAAGCUUAAACUGGAUCAUUUUACAUAAAGAACACUAAGACUGGUUUUCGUCUGUUAUCUAGAAAUUGGUUAUACAUCAUUGCUGACCAUUUUCCUUUUCCUCUGUGAGCGCACACACAACGAGAUGCAGACCCGUGUGAGCUGAACGUUUUCAGCUGCCUUGCCACCCUGAUGAAGGCAAAAUGGCCUGAAAGGUUUGGUGAAUGAAGCAUGAUGUACUGGAGAAGAGUUGUGCAACGUGUUUUAAUGAUUUUGAGCCUUUUGGAAAACGGUUGGCAGCGAUGUAAAGUGUACAUGAUUUGUAUUUAACAGACUUAAACAUGCAACUAAAACUUGACACUAAGAGCGAGCAGCUGAAAGCAAACAUAAAUGAAUAACCAGUCACGGAGCUCAGUAGUAAAUUACAAACUUGGACGUUGGAUUAUGAACAUAUUUUAAAACUGUUGAAGAAAAUAUUGAAAAUAAAAAUCACAUUUGGUACUUAAAGAUAUCAUAAAACAUGUUUAUAGUUUAGAAUAGUUCGACUGUGCAAUGCACAGUUUUCCUAAACGCUAAAUGUUUGUAACUCGUAGCACUCAGUGAUCUGAGGGCCAAAUACUGCCACUUUUGAAACUGGAAAUUAUAGGAAAUUGUCAGUUUAGUUCAAAUUAACUGUCAGAAUGUUUUGUUUUGUGACACUGUGUGUACCUGUAGCUAUUUAUAAGUGGCUAUAAAAGUUCUUGGUUUUUGUUGCACAAGUUUUCGCUGAUAAAUUCUUACAAAAAAGUCACGGAGCUCAGUCGUAAAUUGCAAACUUGGACGUUGGAUUAUGAACUUGUUUUAAAACUGUUGAAGAAAAUAUUGAAAAUAAGCUUUACAAAAUUUAAAAAUCACAUUUGGUACUUAGAGAUAUCAUAAAGCAUGUUUAUAGUUUAUAAUAGUUCAACCUGCAUGUCAUAUAAAUACAUAACUCGUACAGCGUGAACCAGAAACUGCUUUGAUGACGGUUUGCUGGUGAACUUACCGGGCUGAAAGUUGUGACAUUAAGGGAUUAAAAAACUAUUUCUUGCCCACACUGAUUCAUGUUUGAUUUCCUGCAGUUAAACAGCAUUGUAAGGUGGUUUUGCACCAUGCUGCACUGUACCAAAUAUAGGAAGAGUGUUUGUUACAACAUUAUGGAACUGAACUUUUUCUCAUCACGGUGCAACGCUCUAGCUGUAGUUUUAAAAAUGUACUGUACUUCCAUCUUUUCUCAGUAUGUUUCCUGUUUUAAAACACUACAUCUCAAAAACAGUAUCUCAUCAUUUCCAGACUAAAUAUAAAAGUCAUACUCAUCAACUGAAACUCAUAAGUGUUUUUAUUAAAGAUGAAACAUGGAGGCUUUUCUCUAAAUGUGCUGUCAGCAAAUUAGCAGUGAUGACGAUGAAUUCCUCUUAUUAAAUUACGUGUUCAGUUGUUUAUCUGACAAAUGGAGCGUUUUGCUCACUAUUGCCUGGACCAAACCUGUGACUUUUAGGAUACAUGGCAACCUCUCAUUCCUGCCACUUUCUGUUCCUUUGCCUCAUGUUAAAUGUGCUCAGAUUAAAAGUAAGUGUAACUUAUUCAUUGUCUUUUCCGUGCAAUUCUUAAAGUCUGAGAAGGGAAAUUUAAACGUUUGCUUAAAUUUUGGGGGAAAAAAGGCUAAAUUUACCAAAUAAAAUGCAACCAGAUGACAGUGAAUGUACAGUGGAUGAUAGUAGACAGUGCUUAGUUAAUGACCAUCCCUUGUCCACUUCUUUUUACAUUGCAACGUGAGAUCAUUUGAGCCCUGAAGAUAACAAUAGUGUGACGUGAUCAUUUGGUCGAGCCUACAAAAAGUGGAACCGGUACAAAAGUCUAUUGAUUUUAAAAGAGCAAAACAAAAGAUCUGCAUUCGCUACAGUAGCUCUUCCUGUUCACUGAUAGUUUAUUUUACUGUGUAUAUGGUGUGGAUGUUGCUCACAGCCCUUUCCUGACUGUCAAAGUCGUUUAAAAUUUAAUUAGAUGUCAAGUCAAGACUUCCUGACUCUACUGUCAUACAAAAAACAGACCAUACAGUUAUUUGACAGUCAUGAAAGAAGUAUGGGGAAAUGUUUGCACUGUAUAUUUGUUAAUGAACUAUUAGAGCACAGCAAAUGUGAAUGAUCAGUGAAUGAUCACUAUUAUCUGCACUGUCUGUGCUGCAGAUAAAGUUAAAAUGAUUCUCAUUAGACAUUUAAACAAGCGGACUAAACAGUGAACAGUUAAGACAACAGUCAGCAUUUUUAUGUUGGUUGUGAGUUGUAGCAUCAAGGUUGACAUUAUAGCCGAGCAGGUUGGAUUUUUCCAUUUCUAAUUUUGACAGGAUUGAACGUUUGCAGUCGUCGUCACGACUAAUUCGGUGGCAACUCGUCAAAGAGAAUUUCACAUGUGGCGUCUUUAACCUAUUAGACUGUUUGUGUACAAAUGUAAUGGCUGCAACGCUAGUUUGUGUGUGUGAGGGAGAAAGACACGCAAUGAAAGAGAUGAACUGCUUUGUAAGAGAUUUUAUGUAUAACCAAACAUUCCAGCUUUUAAGUACAAAUAAAACUUUCAAACAUUUCAAUAAUA